AUGACCUCGAUGAUGAAUGCAUCUGACCACAUCGACGACUCGGCAAUGGAUGUCAUUAAUAAUCUGACAGAGGGUGGUCUGAAUGGCCGGGAAACUUACACAGACCAUAAGCUUCUUUGGAACAUAGCUACGGGGAUUAUCUGUGUGGAGUUUGUAUUGGCCUUCGUCUUUAACGCUAUAGUCAUAGGAUUGAUGAUGCGGAAUAAAAAGAGAAAUCGAAUGUCGUUCUUUGUGCUCCAUUUAGCCAUCUCAGACUUUCUGAUGGCGGUAUUUUACAUUUUCCCCGUGGUGAUAGAUCGACUCAUGGACGCCUGGCUUGCUGGUCUGUUUAUGUGUAAGCUCAUUAAAUACCUGAGCUUGGUCGUGUGUUUCGCCUCGACCUAUAUGCUAGUGGUCCUUAGUUUUGACAGAUUGUACGCGAUCGCUCGACCAUUGUCUGCUACAAGGAGAGGCAUUCUCUACAAAUGGACACUGGUCAUCUUUGCCUGGGCUAUCGCAGCUAUGCUUGGAGUAUAUGAUCCAAUUUACGCGAACAUCCUUACCGGAAUACCAACUCCACAGCACGACACACCCUUCUGUGAAAUAACCUACCCUGAAAAUAUGAAGAAGCCAAUGAUUCUGCUUUUUGCGAUGAUCAAUAUGUUCCUGCCAGUUUUACUAAUUGGCCUCUGUUAUUCGACUAUUGUCGCUAUGAUAUGGAGACGGGGAAGACAUGGGAUACCUUUAACAAAACAAAAACAUGCAGUUUGCUUCUUUAUUCCAGCAGAGCCGGGUUAUGAUAUGUACACCGCCAAUAAUCGACUGAAGCCUAUCUCUGGAAUCAUUCACAGAGCAAAAGUCAAAACCAUCAAAAUCACGUUCGUAGUUGUCUCGGUCUUUCUGAUUUGCUGGGGACCUUUCACGAUCUACACCAUUUUGGUCGUGUAUAACGAGGUCGACUUGAAUGGGUCCUUUUUCAUCCUGAUGGCGCUUGCUCCGCUGAACAGCGUGGCUAACCCAAUGGUGUUCCUCUUCUUCAACCACAGGCUUCUACGGAAAGGGAAACAGAGACGUGAUACCAACGGUAUCAGCAUGAAAGCGACGUUUACAACACACAUGCGACGUGACUCCGAAUGGUCAAAAACAAUGCAGAUAUCACGAUUAAAUUAA